CACAUAUCUGUGUGUAAAAGUGUAUAUAUAAGGAGAGAACGAGCAAAUGCAUUGGCUGUACAUGUAAUUGAUGAUGGCUUGCUAUAUAGACGAAGAAGAAGUGUGGAAAUGUCCAAAACACCCCUCUAAGCGGCGGCGUAAUGGAAUUUGCCCUACCUGCCUCCGCGACCGCCUUGUUAACCUCUGCCCCGACUGCGCUAAAGUGCGCCCCUGUGCGUGCGUUUCGACGACUUCCUCUUCUUCAUCUUCUUCGUCUUCGUCUUUUUCCUUCCUCAACGGCCGUGGUGGCGGCGGCGGCGGCGGCGGCGGCUCCGUCGGUGGCCGGGUCUCCAACCUCAUCGACGGCGAACCAUCUUUACGCCGGUCGAGAUCCCUCGCAGUCCCCUUCCUCCGAUCGAAGAACUCGCCGGGCAGUGAUAGUAUAAAGACGCCGUCGUUUUGGUCCGUCUUGAAGAGAAGUAAGACCAAGAGAAGUGAGCCCACAAAAGAGAAUGAAGCAGUUAACCACAAUAAUCACAAUGAUGAGAACAUGGAAAGUAACAAUAAAAUUGAUGAUUUUGCAAGGAUGAUGAUGAGAUCGAGGUCGGUUAGCGCCGGUACGAAGAUGACUUCAGCUUUUGGUCGUGAUGACGUCAGGUCGGCGGCAUCGGUGAAGAGAAAAUCAUGGUACUUUCCGAGUCCGAUGCAGGUUUUCCGGAGUAUUAAAACUCCCAAAGUUAUCAAUAAUGCUCGUUCACCCUUGCCCAGAGGUUGAUUUUUAUUUUUCUUUUUAUUUUUUUCCCCUAAAUCUACAGUAAAUUGGUAUGGACUAAUGUUUUGACUUUCAUCGAAUAUAACGUUAAGCAAAAUUUUAAUAUGUACUGAAGUAGAAGACUACAAAUCGAGCAUCCAUUUGAUAGGUAAGAGAUAAUGUGUAGGUUUUGAGAUUCACUUUUAUUUACUAAUUAAUUAAAUAAAAUUUAGUUCGUUUCUCAUAUU